AUGCCCCCUAAACCCCCCCGUCCCCGCUUAACGCAUUUCCUCUGCAUCCCCCUCACGACCCCCUCCUCCCAUCCCCAACUCCAACACUCCCUCCGCACCUUCAAAAACGACGUCACCACGCCCCCCACCGACGAACAGCCCAACCGGAUUCCCUUCCCCUCAGAUGCCAUCCGUCCCCUCUCCACCCUCCACCUCACCAUCGGGGUCAUGAGUCUCGAAAGCACAGAGCGGAUUCAAGGCGCCAUUUCCCUUCUGCAAGGAAUAUUCUCCUCCCCUACGCUAGUCCCCAGGAAAGAAAACGAUCGCACCAAAGAAAUCAAAACAGAAAUCAAAGACAUCCAACUCCCCAAAAUAACACUCACCUCCCUCCACCCAAUGCACCAACCCUGGUCUACAUCCAUUCUCUACACCUCCCCCCAAGAUCCGCACUCAUAUCUCCAAACCUUCUGUCAAUCCCUCAAAGACGCCUUCACAACCGCCGGGUUCAUGCUGCCCGAAGAACAAGGACGAAGCUUAUUACUGCACGCGACGAUUGUCAAUACAAUCUACGUGCGCGGGGGACGUCAGGAUUCUAGCGCAGACACGAGAGAGACAGGGACCGGGAAUGCACGUGGAAAUCGAGGAAGAGGGAGAGGAGGAAGUUCCUCGGGCCAUGGCAAGCACAAGGCACGUCUCACGUUUGAUGCACGGGAUACCAUUUCCAAGUAUGCGGAUUUCACAUGGAUGCGCGAUGUACGGGUUGAGAAAGUGGCGAUUUGUAGGAUGGGGGCGAAGAAGAAGGGAGAUGGGGACGAGGAGUAUGAGGUGGAGGCUGAGAUCGAGGUACCUUGUAUUUGA